AUGGAUGAGGACCACUACAACACUGCCCGUGGAGUCCAGAAGGUCCUUUCAAACUACAAGGACCUGCAAGAUAAUGAAAUUAACAAACUUACAGUGGCUCAUGCUCGUAAGAUUCAGCAUUUCCGGAGCCAGCCUUUCCAUGUUGCUGAGGUCUUCAUGGGCGCUCCUGGGAAGUACAUGGAAUUGAAGGAGAGCAUCAAGAGCUUUCAGGGAGUGUUGGACGGGAAGUACGAUGAUCUUUCUGAGCAAUCAUUUUACACGGUUGGAGGAAUCAAGGCGGUCAUUGCCAAGGCAGAGAAGAUCGCCAGGGAAUCUGCCCCCUAA